CCCUCCUGGCCCCCCUCCUGGCCCCCCUCCUGCCCCCCCUCCUGCCCCCCUCCAGGCCCCCCUCGCGCUCAACUUCGUGGCCCCCGCGGCGCGCGCAAGAAACCAGCCCGGACAGGACUGCAGCUGCUGAUGGAGUCUGCACUGCCAGGGUUCGUCUCGCGCUAUCUGCUGAGUCCGCCGUGGCAGCACCGCAUGCUGAAGAUCCUCAUCAAUGGGAUUUUGGGGAUUCUCAUCGGACAGGCUUGCUACUACGUGACCCUGGACUGGACCGGCAUGCAAGCCGCCUACAAAUUGCUGGUGCUCGUGUUUCUUACCGUUUUCUUCGGCUUUGGCUGGGCCUUCUCGCGGCACGUGCGCUGCAGCACGGUGCUCAUGGCACCCUGCGUCUGCAGUAACGUGGGCUGCUCCGUCAUCAUGGCCAUUGCCGCUAGCCUGCUCUUCACCGGGCCCAUGACGAACAUGAUGCUGAACGCCAAGGAGAGCGGACAGUCACUCGCCUGUCUAGGCCAGCAGCAGAUCGAGCACGCCAAGGUCAUCGUCAUGAUCGCGGCGGCGCCCGUCCGGACCCUCUUCGACAAACUCAUAGCCGCCUCCAAGGACCUCGAGAAGAGCAGCGACGAGGCCAAGGAGCUCUUCCAGCUCAUCAAACAGGAGGUGCUCGGUGGCAAGAGCUCGGACGGUGGAGGCAAAACGAAGAGAGACGCCGCCCAGCAACAGCAGCAGGAGGACGGCCAGCAGCUGCAGCCGCAGCCGCAGCAGCAGCAGCAGGACAGACGGCAGCAGCAGCAAGAAAUUGAGGCGAAAUACAUCAGCAGGGUUCGCUUUCGGUGCUGGGACGUGUUUGAGAAGGGCGUGGAAAAAUGCAGGGAGAUGUUUACGCGGAAGUGGGACGAGUGCUUGGACACGAUCGUGGUUCCCCUCAUCAACCACAUCCUGUGUCUCCCGCUCAAGUUUGACUUCCUGUGCCCCAUCAUACACGUUUUCGAUGGGUGGUGCGAGACAAACAUCCCCAUGUUGAAAGAUUUCGGCGAUGUCUACGACAGGAUUCAGCAAUCCAUUGCGCAGCUGAAGGAGCAGUUCAUGAUGAAUCCGCAAGUCGAGUACACACAGCAGCCGAUGUCGGUGGAUGAGGACGCGGUGAAGGGCAUGCUGACCAACAUCCGCAGCAGCAUCAACAGCCAGGUGUCCAAGGUCAUGGCCUUCGUCAAGGUCUUGCAGAUGCUGCUGGGGCUCGUCGGCGUCGUCCUCUACAGCGCGUGUUCGGGCUACGUGAACAAAUACAACGGGGACGUUGUCCACGACAAUAUGUACCUGACGCGCUACUUCAGAAUCAUCGACGCCAGGAGACGCGCCAAGAAACAGCAGACGCUUCUCCCUCCCAAGCGGGCCGAGGUGGUCAAGUAUGUCAACCCGUGCAGCCUGAGGAUGAGCGAGGAUGAGCAGAAGUCGUUUUAUUUCAUGGCCGUGAUCCUGGGCGUCCAGAUUCUAAUGAUGGUCUUCCUCCUGAUCGUCGACUGGUGCAUCGUGGUGUUCAUCAACAUCUUUGCCAAACACAGCAAAGUCGAGUACAACAUCAAAGGCGUCCACGAGCUGAGGGUCGACGUCAACGGCAAAUCGAUGUUGGCCAACGUGCUGAGGAUACUGAUGCGGGCGCUCGAAACGAACCACACAGUCAACGCGGUCUCCGAUAACUACGAGUGCCUCCCGCAGUCCAAGGCCAUGAGCUGGAAGAUGUACGGCCUCAUCCUCGGCAUCUACAGUGCGCUCGUGUUCAUCAUGGUCAGCCAGGGCUACGUACUGCGGCUCAGGAGGGUUAUCUGUGCCUUCUUCUACCCCAAGAGAGAGAAGACGCGAGUCGUUCACCUCUACAACGACUACUUGCGCCGACGGAAGGGCUUCUUGAAAUUCGCCAAGAAGUUGAUCGCCGCGAAGGCGAAGCAGCGCGUUAGGCCAGCGUUCUCCAUCGUGAAGAUGCUGGCGAGGAAGUGGCCCAAGUUCUUCGGCUGGCUGUCGCACUUCGUCUCGCGCGCCUGCGUCGUGUGCGGCCAAACGAACCCCGGUGAGCCCUUCUCCUGCCCCAACACAAAGUGCCGCUCGCUCUACUGCCGGCCGUGCUGGCGCGACGUGGGAAAGGUCUGCUACUCCUGCACCACCGACCGUGACCCGGAACGGCUCGGGCUCCGACCUAGCAAACUUCUUGGUCCACGGUGGGGACUCCACGGCGUGAGACCUCUCGGCGCGAGAGGUCGAUCGGCACACUCUGGGCGACGGGGGCGGGUUGCUCGGCCACUUGGUGUGUCGGACGGCAAGCCCACGCGGACCACGGCAGGGGAUUGGACCGCAAGGGUGUGGGGGGGUAAGAGGGGGACCUCCUUGGUGGGACAGGCUGUAGACUAGGAACAUUCCUCACGUAUGUUUGCUGCGUAAGAUGUAGGAGGUGUUUUUUAGGGAAAGUUGCCAAAUCACUUUUUUUUUCCCGAAGGACUUGGGUUUUGCUGGACGGGAAUAUUUAGUUUUCCACGCACGAAUUUCAUUUUAUAGGACCGAAAU